GCGGGGACUGCCCUCCUUCGGCGGCGGGAGGCGGUCACUCGAACUGGGCUUGGGGGCCUGAGGCGACCGAGGGGCCAUGCGGACGGCGAGGGAGCCCAGACGCUGCCCGGCCCUCCUCCCUCUCGCGGCGGCGACUCGGCGGCCGCAAGAGUAAUCGCUGUCUUUGUUCCUUCCGUCGCCCUCGCCUCUCAGGCCGCCGCGCUCCGGCCGGCCCGCCCUCGACCCCCGAGCCCCCAUUCGGCUCGCGCCGCGCGGAUGCGGCUGCCGGGCCUGGGUUUGGGCUUUGAGUGGGAGGAGGAGGAGCGGCGACGCCUGGACGGCAUGCGAUGGGGAACUGCUGCUGGACGCAAUGCUUCGGACUCCUCCGCAAGGAAGCGGGGCGGCUGCAGCGUGUAGGCGGCGGCGGAGGAUCCAAGUAUUUUAGAACAUGCUCAAGAGGUGAGCACUUAACUAUAGAGUUUGAGAAUCUAGUAGAAAGUGAUGAAGGAGAAAGCCCAGGAAGCAGUCAUAGGCCUCUUACUGAGGAAGAAAUUGUUGACCUGAGAGAGAAGCAUUAUGAUUCUAUUGUUGAAAAGCAGAAAGAUCUGGAUAUGAAAAUCCAAAAAGAGUUAGCCUUACGAGAAGAGAAGUUAAGACUAGAAGAAGAAGCUUUAUACGCUGCCCAGCGUGACGCAGCCAGGGCAGCAAAGCAGCGAAAGCUCUUGGAGCGAGAAAGGCAGAGAGCUGUGCAGCGAUGCCAUGCUUCCAGCAAUGGAGAAUAUCAAAGUCCAGGACCAGAAGAUGACUUUGAAUCUUGUUUGAGAAAUAUAAAGUCACAGUAUGAAGUUUUUCGAAGUAGUAGACUCUCAUCAGAUGCCACAGUUUUGACACCAAAUACAGAAAGCAGUUGUGAUUUAAUGACCAAAACUAAAUCAACUAGUGGAAAUGAUGACAGCACAUCUUUAGAUCUAGAAUGGGAAGAUGAAGAAGGAAUGAAUCGAAUGCUUCCAAUGAGAGAACGUUCCAAAACAGAGGAAGACAUUCUCCGGGCAGCACUUAAGUAUAGCUGCAAGAAGACUGGGAGUAAUCCUACGUCAGCCUCUGACGAUUCCAACGGGCUGGAGUGGGAAAAUGACUUUGUUAGUGCUGAAAUGGAUGAUAAUGGCAAUUCCGAGUAUUGUGGAUUUGUAAAUCCUGUAUUAGAACUGUCCGAUUCUGGUCUAAAGCAAUAUGAUUCAGAUCAGCAAAAACGAUAGGAAAAAAUUGUGUGAUCUUGUUUGUCAGUUAUGACCAAAUGUUACAAACCAAUUAGAAUGUAUAAAUGGUUGUGCUGAGCCUUUUUGUGAGGGGAGGUGAGAAACUGUUUUGUAAACGCUUAUGAGAAAGGCAUAGGAAUGAUAGGCUGCGUCUGAGCUGCUUCAGAAGUAAGUGCAAUUUCAUCAUCUGCCUUCUGCUUUUCAAAAUAAUUGAAUGGUCUGUCAUGUUACUAAUUAAAUUUAUUUAACUGUUUAGCAA